AUGGAGACCGAGAGCGAAUGCGUUCGCGGAUACAUACGUGUUGUGGCCAACAAUGACAUCGUUUUAUUAGCACAGAAUAAACUCAAUGGCAUUGAACACAGAUUCUCUCACUGCGAGUAUAGGCUGGAAAGGGAUGACAUUUAUAAGGAUUUACGUAUUCUGGGCUUAGAUUACGGCCCAGAGUUUCAACGUCUCCGUAGAGUCGCUACAAAUGACUUCAACGAAAUGUACGGAUUGUGUGAAUGGGACGGAAAUUUUGUCACAUUCCUGGACUCAAUGUUUCAUUCGGUGUAUUUGUCAGUAUCUUAUCAACCGGGAGGAGAGGUAUUCCGCUAUAUCUUCCAAAUGGACACCAAUACUGACACUAACAUUGACUUCAAUACUAAACCCUAUUCUGAUAUAUUGGCCAACGAUUUGAUCGCUAAUGUUAUCAAAGGGGCAAAAGUGGGAACUUAUCGGCACUUAAAACUACCCAACGAUUACGACAAAUGUCUAUCAAAUGAUUAUUAUCUAAAUAUGAGACAAACACGUCGUAUUCCAAUGGGACCGGAAAAGCUAUACCCCGAUUGUUUAUUUGGUUUUGAAUACGUGGGCCGUAGGGCUGACACCGGGCAACGGGUGAUGGGACUGGAGUUCGGGCGCAUGUUUUGCACGUCAGGCAAUGUAGUGGACAAAUAUAUGACUGCUAUUCCCGAGCACUGGUCAAUGGCAGAGGUGGUCACUGUGUUGAGCACAUAUAGUACUGUACACUACGGGCUCAUUAAAAGGGCGAAUCUUAAGAAAGGCGAAAGUGUUUUGAUUCAUUCGGCGGCGGGAGGUGUGGGUCAGGCGGCUAUCAAUGUGUGUAAACACUAUGAAUGCAAUAUCUAUGCGACGGUCGGCUCCGAAGAGAAGAAACAGUUUUUGAUUAAUGAAUACAAUAUUCCAGAGAAACGGAUAUUCAGUUCAAGAGAUAUACUCUUCAAGAAUGAGAUAAUGGAUGCGACGGACGGACAGGGAGUGGAUGUUGUGCUCAAUUCACUGACGGGUGAGCGGCUGAGCGCCGGUUUAGAGUGUCUGGCGAUUAGCGGACGGUUUGUAGAGAUAGGAAAGUAUGACAUGUUUUUCAAGAAUCAGUUAGCAAUCAAUGACUCCAUUCGUGACAUACAAUUCAUAAGAGUUUUCUUGGAUUACGUUAUUAUGAAUGAUAUCCACUAUUUAAACGAGUUUUACGAUUGGAUGCAUAAGAACUGUACGAAUGGUUGCGUAAAACCAUUGAAUUAUACUGUGUUUGAGGCUAAGGAUGCGGACAAAGCGUUUCGUUAUAUGACAAGCGGUGAACACAUCGGGAAAGUCAUUGUAAAGAUGAGGGACGAGGAGAUUGAAAGAACUGCCCUUACAUUCAUUAAACCGGUUCCCAAACUAUUGGUUUCGGUUAAGACUUAUUUCAACGCAAACAAAGUCUAUAUAAUAACCGGAGGUUUGGGUGGUUUUGGUCUGGAAUUAAUUCCAUGGAUGCAAUCAUUGGGCGCACGAAAGUUUGUGGUCACUUCCAGGUCUGGCCUUAAGACUGAUUAUCAGAAGUUUAUUGUCAAUCGUUUCGUAAAGAAAUCUCAAAACAAGAAAUAUUUUGCCUCUGAUUUAAUGGUUUCGACGGCCAAUGGAUUGACAAUUGAAGGCACGAAACAACUGUUAAAUGAGGCCAAAGAGUUGGCACCCAUUGGAGGGAUACUUGCAAACUUGGAUCAAAUGACUCGACAAUUGGAUUAUAAAUUGGAUUAUUUUGUAGUGUUUUCGUCGAUAAGUUGUGGUAAAGGAUCGCCCGGACAAUCAAACUAUGGUUUCGGUAACUCUUUAUGCGAACGCAUUUGCGAAGAGAGACGAAGGGAUGGAUUGCAUGGACUGGCCGUACAGUACGGACCCAUCGGUGAUGUGGGAGUGUUUGAGAGCACAUCCAAUAAGGCAUCAACAGUAGGAAUUGAUCCCAAGUGUACACCAAAUGACACCACUUUAGGCGAUAUUGGAUUGGAUUCCAUGUUUGCCGUAGAAUUGCAACAGGAAUUGAACCUAAUUGAGUUCAAAGUGUUGGCCGAAAUGCGGCCGCAAAUCAAUUUCCACAUCUCUUUCCACGACUCGGACGACAGGUAUAGAGAUGUCUGCGUUUACGUCAACACCAAAAACAAUCUUCACGUCUACAAGAUUUGA